AUGAUGCCGCUCGCGCCGACGCCAAUCGUUCCGGUGCCAUCUAAGCCGAAGAUCGGCUUUAGCAUCGAUUCGAUAGUCGGCGGCGGGCAAGGCCGCGAAGCGGAUCGUCUGGACCGGUUGGAGCGAGUCGAAAUCGAUGGCAGUCCGAUGGAAAUAGUGGAGGGCUCGUCCUCGCCGCGAGCACGCCGGGUCGCCACGAGAUCGCCCGGCGCUCAUUCCGAGAGCUCCGAUCGGCCUGUCUCUAGGAGUUCCUCUGUUGAGUCAUAUCCGAACUCGCGACGGACACCGUCGCACGCUACCGUCGGUAGCGGCGGCGGUGGCGGCGGUCACCAUCAUCUUCACAGUACCAAUCAUCACGGUCACCCGCAUCAUCACAAUCUGUCGGCGACGACGCAUCUAGACUUCGGUCGAACAACCGUUCACAGCCACAGCGGCGGCUCCACUCCCAACAACAGUCCUAGUCCACCGCACAGGAUACCACACGGGGACUCACCGGUCAGCUCGCAUCCACAGCCACCCCCGGGGGUGGUCAGGCCCAGUCCGAACUACCUCGCGCCACCACCUAGCGCCGCGACGGCCGCGGUAAUGGCCGCGGAGCAACUCAAGUCUCUAUACGGGCUACCUGGCGGCCACAGUCCUGCGGGACCGCAGACCGGCCAGAAUGAAUAUCACACGCAGCAGCAACUGGCACUAGCUGCCAAUUUGGCCGCGGCCCAUCAGCACUUCCAGGCGGCGAAUAUCGCGGUGGCGCUUCAGGCGCAUCACGGCUCGUCGCCCCAUGGACCGCCACAUGGGCCUUAUCCGCACGGUGGGACUCCCGGCGGGCCACAUCCGCCCCCUCAUCCCCAUCAGCCGCCUAGAGACAGUUAUCCCCUAUAUCCUUGGUUACUCUCGAGGCAUGGUAGAAUCUUUCCACACAGAUUUCCUGGAGGUCCCGACAUACCCGGCUUCUUACUUCAACCCUUCAGGAAACCGAAGAGAAUAAGGACGGCCUUCAGCCCGAGCCAAUUGCUUAAGCUGGAACACGCUUUCGAGAAAAAUCACUACGUCGUCGGCGCGGAGAGAAAGCAGUUGGCGCAGGCGUUGUCGUUGACGGAAACUCAGGUGAAAGUAUGGUUCCAAAACCGGCGGACGAAACACAAGCGGAUGCAACAGGAGGAAGAGGCGAAGGCCCAGCAGCAAUCGGGUGGUGGAGGUGGCGGUGGCGGGGGCGGUGGUGGGGGUGGUAAUGGAAAUGCUAACAACAAUAGCAACAACAAGAACACGCAUCACGUCAGCAAGUGGCAGCAGGAGACCGGCGACUACCAUCACGAGGACGAGGAGGAGGACGAGCACAUCGAUCCGGAAGCCGAGGAGUGUUCGAGCGGCUCUGAAGCGUAG